GGAGGUGUCACCUGGUUUUCAAACGCGAACGGAAUACACCUCUCGAGAAUGGAAUGUGUUCUCUAGUCUCCACCAAUACCACCACCACCACCACCACCACCACCAGCGCCGCCGUAUCACCACUACAACUGCUCACGGUAGAAAUAGCGUCGGUUCGAGAAAAAGAAGUUUGGAUAUCGCAUACUGUGAUCCGGCUAAUCGCUGCAAGAACACGUUAACCGUGCGUGCGGUAAAAAUUGGAUCGGAACAAAACGAGGGAAACGAGGCAAUCAGCAUGUGGGGUAACACCGAUACCUUCAGAACCGUCCUUACGGUCUUUCUGAUCAUCCCGGUCACAGUCACGUCCACUCGAGCGUCCACGGGUUUGCCCAGUAUGAGGGACAGUAUAACGCAUCCGGUGCACGUGUACGAAGGUGACGACGCCUUGAUCACCUGCGUGGUAAGGAACAUCGGGGACAACGUUGUCAUGUGGAAGAAGGAGGACGGGCCGAGACACAGUCGCCGGGUUUUGACCGCCGGCGAUUCGCGGGUCACUGCCGAUCGUAGAGUCUCGGUUCUCCACGAUUCUGCCACUUCAGGGGAGACCGAGAGCCCAACCGGUGGUGACGUAUGGGUAUUGGCCAUCAGGAAUGCCAAACCCCAGGACUCCGGGCGUUACGUUUGCGAGGUCAACUCAGAUCCCGUUCUACGUUCCUUCCAUAAACUGAGUGUGCUCUCCAGGGCGCUAUUACCACCCGAAAACGCAACGGACACCAGCUUAUAUUCGACCCAAAAGGAGACCUUUGCCAGAAAUCACAACUACACGAAAUGCUGCCAACAUCUAAACGUAAAUGCCAGUUGUCUUGGGUUCUGCAGUAUUCAGAGUAUACUUGAGGGUAACACCGGCCAAGACCCGGAGAAUUGUGAAACCGACUUUCCGUCCAUUGUAAAGUGUAUGGCAGAUGGACGCAAUCACGUUCCCUGCUGUAUCCAAGAAAAAGUACCGGACAUUUGUCAAGAUGUUUGCCGUGGCGACUACACAGUAAUAACAGAUAAUGUCAAGACACAUUUUUCGUGUUCCGCCUACACGGAAAAGACGCUUGCAUGCAUCGUCGAGGGAAUAGAACUUUUGCCGUCACCACCGACACAUCUAAAGGUGGAAUCACUCACUGACAUGUCUUUUCGCGUGGCGUGGUCAUGGCCAAAUGAAAAUAGGGAAACCGUCACGGAGUUUCUGAUCAACGUUACCACCCUUCGACACUUCGAUGAGCAUCCUAGCGACCUUGAAUCUACUGGGACCCUUCCGACAGAAAAUAUAACGAGACUGGUCAAGGUUCCUGGAACUACACUGUCUACGGUCAUCACUAAUCUCAAGCCAUUUACGAUGUACGAGGUUCGUGUGCUGGCCUUGAACAUCCAUGGAAGCAGCCUUCCAAGUUACGCGGUCAGAACGCUCACCUUCUCUUUCGGACGAAUGAAGCCUACGACCAUCGGCGAUGUUCCCCAUCUCCCGGAUACCCGCAGCUGCUGCGUCAGCAAAGGGGUCACUCAUCCCGGUUGCAUCGCAAGUCUCUGUGAUCCAUCCCUAAUCCAUCAAGCGGAGAUUCCUGAUUUGAUGAUAUGUGCUCCAUGGGCUCCGGAUACAUUUGCUUGUCUGAGUAACGGUAUUGAUCAUACACCCUGCUGUAAGGCUCGUGGAUUACCCGAAAUUUGCCAACAACUAUGCACAGGAAAUGUCACUGUGAUUAAUUUCAAUCACUUUAGAUGUCUGAAUUACAUGAUGGAAUACAAGAGCUGUUUACUAGACGGCUACGGUGUUCUUCCCUCAGCCCCCACCAGCAUACAAAUAUCUAAUAUCGACACUGACUUUGCAAUUCUGCAAUGGUCACCUCCAAAAACUCUUGCAGAUACUGUCAAAAGUUAUAACGUUUACUACAGGGAACUUAUCGAUGAUUACUCUGCAGCUACUUACAAAGAACACUUUGACGUACAGACUCCACUCAUUCUGACUAAUUUGACGAGCGACACAGAUUACGAAGUUUAUGUGGAGGCUGGAAAUUUACAUGGAGUUGGUGAACCCUCCCCAAGGAUAGUGUUCAGAACGCAGAGCAGGAUUUUUGUUGAAAAAGAGGAAGAAGCUGCGUAUUACAAUAUGACAGCAUGUUGUGUUGAGACAAAUCUUAACAGUAUUUGUAUGCCAUUGUGUUCAUACGAUGCCUCGAUGUCAGAUAUUCGGGCACUAGCUCCGGUCUGUGGUGUUGAUUUUCAAAAACUGUUAAAAUGCGCGGCUGCAGGAAGAAAUCACAAUGAGUGUUGUUCUCGAAGAGGUGUACCUUUAGGAUGCAUGACUCUCUGCAGCGGAGUCAUAGUAGACAGUCUUCUUAGUACAGCUACGAGUUGCAUUCCAUUCAUCGGAAACAUCGUUCAGUGUUUGGAGGAAGGGGCUGGAUUAUUACCGGGUCCCAUUUCCGAACUUCAAGCAACAGAAAUAACUGAUAGUUCGGUUAAAUUGAACUGGGAACCACCAAACGAUGGAUCAAACGUUACUGACUACAUAGUCUACUAUCAGCAAGUGGAUAAUACGUCUAUGCACGAGACAGUGAGCAAGCUCGAUCAUCAAAUCAAUGUUACCGAAACGUCAGCGACAAUCACCGGUCUGAAUAACCGAAAGCUAUAUCACAUUUUCGUUGUGUCUCGUAACGAUCACGGGACUUCCCUACCGACUUCUAUUUUAAGGAUCAACGUAACGAAGACUGAAAUGGAGGACAAAGGGGUCCACGCGGUUACUUCCCCCCCACAUUCUCUAACUGUUUCGGCGCACAGUGCUAUUUGGGUGUCAAUAUCUUGGCAACCACCUGAAUUCUCCCAUCCAUCAGAGAACCUGACGUAUGAAUUAUCCUACAAAAGCACCGCUGAUCAACAGUUUCAGCGCGUCGAGACGUCCAUUACAACUCACAUGAUCACAAAUUUAACUCCAAACACGCAAUAUAUUGUCUUCGUAACCGCUCAUGGUAAGAAGGGUACGAGCCAAGCGAGCGAAACGCUCAUCGCAUGGACGGAUCCCGCAUACCCUGCGUUUGUUGAGCCCCCCACGGUCCAUCCGAUCAAUUUAGUAGUGGAGGGAAGCAGCAUGACGAUCUUGUGUAUCGCUAUGGGGACCCCCAUGCCCACAAUCAGUUUAUACAUAAGCGGACGUCUCGUACGUCAAGAAACUACAAGGCACAUGGUGACAGUUGUAAAUAACGUAACUCGUGAUAUGGAUCAAAUUAGUUGCUAUGCAGACAAUGGUUACGGAACACCCAUGCAGGCGAGCAGAAAAAUCUCCAUUAGCCAUGUCCCGCACGUAACAGCGUCGGUGAUAACAGUUGCGGCUUUGGGAGAUUCGGUUGUAUUAGAAUGUAAAGUUGAAGCAUAUCCAGAGCCCAAGAUGUUAUUUUGGAGAGACCAGAAUGGUCGGAUACCUGUAAUUCAGGGAGGGAAGUACAACAUCCAGGUUCAACCCAGUAAAGACAUGGAGACAGAGUACGUGAUGCGAUUGACGAUCAACAAAAUAGCAGAUACGGACGAGGGUGACUACUUUUGCCAUGCCGAAAAUGCAUUCGGAAGCGGAACACAGCCGGUUAGCGUUAGAAUCAGAAAUGUUGCGGCUACCAACAACGUGACACAAUGUUGCAUCGAACAGAACGUUACUAGCGGAUGCAUGGAUGCGUGCAGCUUUUAUUUGGACAUUGAUGCAGUGAUUGACAAACCGCAGUGCAUCAAUGACUUUGAUAAGCUAAUGAAAUGCGCCGCGGACGGAUCAGAUCACAGGUCUUGCUGUGCACAGUGGGGUGUACCCCGUCGUUGUUUGGACUGGUGCCGAGGGGAGCCUCUUCUCAACAAUAAAUUUUGCGUUUUAUCCUACACAAAACCGAUAAUAAGUUGCUUCCACGAAGGACGGGAUCGUUUACCUGGACCACCUCAGUCGGUCAGUGUAGAUAUCGUAAACUCUCAUUCGGUCAAUGUUUAUUGGACACCGCCAGUCAAGAAUCCACACACGGUGGAGGUUUACAGGGUGUUUUGGCGUCCUAAAGGAUCUCGUAGUACGGCUAAGAAUGAUACUAAAGUAACGAAUUUAAUAAUCUCUGGACUGAAGGAAGGUAUCACUUAUGAAUGCGUCGUCAAAGCUGGAAAUCACUUGGGAACAAGCACACUCACAGAACCUGUAGAGUUUAUCACAGGAGACAAAUACGUUACAUCUGCCCUCGGAGAUUCGGGAUCUCAUGUUGGGACAGUAAUCGGAAUUAUAUUAGCGAUAGUUUUUGUAGCGUGCAUAGUUGUAGCAGGAGUGUGGUUUGUUAGGACAAAACGCCUGAACGCCAAGGGUCAGGGAGGCGUUGCAUUUGAAAAUCCGAGUUAUCUGAGAGAAGUAAACAUGGAUCACAUCCAGGAUCAAUCCCAAGUCAAUGGCAUUGCAACUUCGGUUACGUCUGGGGGUACUGGCUGGAAGCAAGAGACUUUGAACGUACCAUCUGGCCAAAUGAGUUCAGUAACGCAUCAUGAAAGGAAUAAUGCUACAUACGAAGAGUUGAAGCUUGGACAAGAUGGUGCUGGUUUUAAGAAACUUUGCCCGUAGCCCACAGCCUUUGUCACUCAUUACCAGGAUCACGCAAAUCUGAUGCCCAUACGCUUAGCACGUGAGUCGGCGUUCUGAGCAAGAGUGUUGAAGGAAUGUUCAAGUCCGAAGUAACAGUAGUGAAUACAAUAGCUAAAAGACUAACAUCACGUUACUGGGUACAACGCGAUGGCCUUUUCGGGAUCUGAAUCCAAGACUUGGCAGUAUUUUUGUAAUUUUUUAGUUAAAUCAAUAAUUUUACUUUCUCUUUUUUCUUAAAGAUGAAUUUAUAUAUAUACAAUAUAUUAUAGUAUAUCAAUCAAUGGCACUUAUCAAGUUCCAAUUUCACGAUUCGCACGUGACUCUUGGAUACGUUAUACGUUUAACGUGCAGGUAAACUUAUCAGUGUUUACCGCUUACAUAAAAAGUACGAUAUUUAUCAAUGUAGCAAAUUGAACGUAAGUAUAUGUGUAUAACUGUUUAUACCUAUAUGACUAUUGUGUACAUAUGCUUUUGUAUAGUGCAGACUUCACUCCGAAUCGAAAACAUCGGUACAGUGACAACCUUCACUUUACAUAUUAUAGCUUGCAGUAAUAGCGAAUCCGGAUAAAAACGUACCUGAUUACCAUACCUGUUCGAAAUUACAGAAUUUUGUAUUUCUUCAUAGUGUACAUUCCAUCCAAAAUUUCUCCUGACCUCCUAGGACGCUGGUAUUUUUUUUAAUUCUUAAUUCUUGAAAUUUAUUCACACAGGUAUUUGAAAAUUUUAUCCAAAAAUGUUGAAAAUUAUUUAGUGAGCUGGCCUUACAGUUACGAGACGGAGAUAUUUCAAUGCAUCCGUUUAUAGUUCUAUGAGCAAUAAAAUUCGUGAUAACAGUUAUCAUCAAAGGAAUACGAUUUGUGGCAUUAACUUCAAUGCGUUUGAUAAUUUGUGUCAUUACUCAUGCAACAAAUGAUGCAAAUACUCAAUUUGAACAUGGAUAUACUGAACUAUCUAUGGUUUAAAUAAUUUUAUGCAAAGAUCAUAUAGUCACACAUAUGUUAUCCUCAUAUUUUGAUUGAUUCAAUAAUAAUGGGACAGGGAUUUUGCGUUGCGUUGCCCAGUUGCCAUGGAUUUGUGUCUGUCGACCCUCAUUCCAAGUGAUAGAAAUGCUACAGAAAUCAUGAAUAUGUGAUCUAUUCCCAUUCUCAUUGUUGCGAACUUGGUAAUUGCUGAACACUGAAAUACAAUUUUAAAAAAAUGUGACAAACAACAAUAUACAUAAUAAGUAAUAUAUCGAAUACCAUGUAUAAAAUUAGGACGCAUCCAACUUAAGUGGUGCUGUUAUGACCUACUAGCAAUGAGAGAUAUAUUGCAGUGUAUAAUAUUUUUAUGCGACUACUUAUAAUAGAAAAACUUGUUAACUGUUUAGUUGAAACAAAACAAUGAUUACGUUAUGAUACGUUAAAGAUAAAAUGAUAGCUGUAUUGUUUAGUGUUUUGUCUACUGAUAGAAUUUACAUAUUAUAAUGUAUUAUAAACAUCAUGUAAGUGCAGUCAAAUUUAGACAAAAUGGAGUAAACGGAGACAAUCCGGACGGCACCAUAUUGUUUAUAUUAAAUAAUACCCGUCCUGAACCUUAUAGUAGCUCACAGAAAUUAUUUUAACCGUAGUAUUAAAAAUCCUGUAUAACAAUAAAAUAAUGUAUGAUACCAGUAAUAUACCCAUAAAUAUCUGACUAUAUUCACUGAUGCAUCGGAUUCAAAUACCUGCUACAUCGUUGUACAAUCGAACAAAAUAGACAGAUGUAUACUAUAUAGGUAUAUGUAUAUAGGGAUAAUAAGUGGAAACUAGCAACUCCAUACGCCGCGUACGUUGAAUUAAUACCAGUUAGGCGUACAAAGUGGCCAAUUUCCACACAUUGUCACUGUAUAAUUAUGUAUCUUAGAAUGCACCGAAAAAGCGACGAUUUUUUUCAAUAGUUAUAUCACAAGUAUUGUUCGAAAUUACGAAAAAAUUCCUUUCAAAUUUUAGCUCCUAAUAAUAAUAUUGAGAGGUCCCCAUCGCAAUUUUCUAUCUCCAAUUUUAAUAACAUGGGAAAUUUUUUUUUAAACUUUGGUAAUUUGUAACUCAUCCGCGGAUCAGUAUAUUUAUAUUUAUAUUUAUAUUUAUACUUAUAUUUAAAUAUGAAUAACUAAUGAUUCCCUGGAAAUGUCACAAACUUGAUUUCGGGGAAAUAAAAUUAGUUAGAAAAAAGAUACUGUAGAUAGCAUUCUGCGAUAAAUUAGAUGGUUCCACCGGAAACAAGGAAAAAUUAAAACUGAUUACAUGUUCAACUUUGACCUCAGAUAACUUUUAAAAGAGUAGAUUCAUCAUAAAUUAUUAUUAUUAACAGACCUUCUUCGUAGAGAGUUGGAUUUUCUUCGAAAAUAUGUCUUGGUCAUUAUGGUGUAGUGAUCCGUUGAUGAGUUAAAAAACAUCCAAUGUUUAAAAAAAAAAUGUCCCAUGUUAUUUAAAUCGGAAAUAAAAAAUUGCGAUGAGGGACCUCUCAAUAUGAUUAUUCGAAGCUAAAAUUCGAAUAAAAUUUUUUCGUAACUUCGAAGAAUAUUUUUAAUAUAACGAUUGAAAAAAAAGUGUUUUUUUUGGCACAGUCUAAUAUAUGUAUGUACGUAUAUAUGUAUAUGAUAUCCUGAUCAUUGUGCUGUAUAAUAAUUUCGGUAUGCAUAUACAUAGUUAUAUAUUAACAAUAACACUAUAAUAAUUUUAAAUUAUGUAGAACGAAAACAUGAUAUGAAAAUACUACCGAGCAGAUUAUAAAAGGUUAGCUUCACAUAAUACACAUUAUAAAAUUAUAAUGCACCCAAACACAUUUGAUCUCAACGAUCGCAAAUAGCAGAAUUCAAUUCCAUUAAUUUUUUCUAAUCACCAUACAGAUAAACCUAUGAAUAAUACACUUGUAGAAAAUGGAUACAAAGAAAAAAAAAAAAAACUAAACAUUGGGAAACUUACC